CACUGAUAGGUGGCACUGAUGGGCAUUGACAGGCAUCACUGAUGGGCACUGAAAGGCAGCACUGAUGCAUGGCACUGAUAGGCGGCACUGACUGGCACUAAUAGGUGGCACUGAUUGGCAGCACUGAUAGGUGGCACUGAUUGGCAUUGAUAGGUGGCACUGACUGGUACUGAUGGGUGACACUGAAAGUCAGCUCAGAUGGGCACUGAUAUGUGGCACUGAUCACUGUAUUGGUGUCACUGGGAUGUCAUUGACAGCAAUCACUGACUUACUAGUAGAAAAA